CGAAAAGCAUGCUGCGUGUAUAGAGAAAUUUGCAACUGUACAUUUUCAGCCACCAGUACAUACAGUGCAGCCAGAGCAAGCAUCUGAACAGGUUUUCAGCUCAUUAGUGGCACAUUUUGUAGCCUAAGAAAAUUCCAUAAUGUCUAUCAUGGAGUACAAUGGGGCGGCCAUAGUGGCCAUGAUAGGAAAGGAUUGCGUUGCCAUAGCAGCGGACAAGAGGCUCGGUGUACAAGCUCAAACUGUGUCCUUCAACUUCAAGAAGAUCUUUCAGAUGAACGACAAACUAUUUGUUGGGCUGCCAGGCCUGGCUACUGAUGUACAGACAGUGGCAAACAAAUUGAAGUUCAGCCUGAACAUGUACCAGUUGAGGGAGAAUCGUCAGAUGAAACCAAGGACCUUCAUGCACAUGGUCUCCAACACACUUUAUACCAGACGGUUUGGGCCUUACUUUGUGGAGCCAAUAGUGGCUGGUCUGGACCCUCUCACAAACGAGCCGUACAUAGCUACAAUGGAUCUGAUUGGUUGUCCCAUGGAGACCAAAGACUUUGUGGUGGGAGGGACGUGCACUGAGCAGCUGUAUGGUAUGUGUGAGUCACUGUGGAACCCAGACCUGGAGCCUGAUGACUUGUUUGAGACCAUCUCCCAGUCUCUCCUCAAUGCAGUAGACAGGGACGCACUAAGUGGAUGGGGGGCAGUUGUCCAUAUUAUAGAGAAAGACAAAGUAACAACAAGGGAUCUGAAAGCUAGAAUGGACUGAAAUCAUCGUCUGUGCACUAACUUAGUAUUCAUACAUGUACCAUUCUGUUAUUCUAUAAUAUUAUUAUACCAUUCCCUCUGUAUAAUUAGCUUUUCAAUGAUA